AUGGAUGCUUACCACACAAAUGUUGUUGAUUGUGAAACGUCAACUAAAAAGAAUAAACCAAAAUUCUUGUGGAAUAAUGAUGCGUUUAUGGACUUUGUAGAAGCUUGCUUGCUUGAAACUAGAAAAGGGAAUAAACCGUGUGGUCACUUUAAUAAGAUUGGGUGGGAGAAUAUAGAAAAAACCAUGAACGAAAAAACCGGCAAAGUCAUUGAUAGAAAACAACUUAAAAACAAAUGGGACUCCAUGAAAAAAGAUUGGAAGCUUUAUGACCGCUUAAUAAGGCUUGAAACUAGGAUCAGUGAGACGAGAAGCUUAAUCGAGGCAUCGGAUGAGUGGUGGGAGGAGAAAAUAAAGGUAAAUAAAGACUUUGCCAAAUUUAAGGAUGCAAAUUUGAAAAUAUUCGAGUCGCAUUAUGCUCCUUUAUUUCGGGAUUCUGUUGCUGUUGGGGAUCAGACUCAGACGCCGCUACAAUUUUUAAAUGACAACAAUCCGAACGAUGUUCGACUCGAGGAAAACAUGGAGGGGAAAGGUGACAGUGACGAAAUUAAUAUAGGUGAUGAUGAGCCGGUCGGAACAAACACGUCAUGUGUCUAUUGA